AUGUCUUUGUCUUGUCCGGACCCAUAUCAUUUUGUAUUUUUCAUAUGUAGAUCAGUGAAUAUGACUUCUGGAACUACAAAUGCAAAUGGGGAAUGUCUUGGUUGGGCAGCUAGAGAUCCUUCUGGAAUUCUGUCUCCAUACAAAUUCAGCCGAAGGGCUGUGGGGAGCGAUGAUGUUUCACUAGACAUCGCAUACUGUGGAGUUUGUUAUGCUGAUGUUGUUUGGACCCGGAACAAAAUGGGACAUUCGAAGUAUCCUUUAGUGCCUGGACAUGAGAUUGUUGGGAUCAUUAAAGAGGUUGGUUCGAAUGUUCAGCACUUUAAAGUUGGUGACUGUGUUGGAGUUGGAACUUAUGUUAACUCUUGUAGAGAGUGUCAAUAUUGUGAUGAUGGAUUAGAAAUUCAUUGCUCUAAGGGAGCAGUUUUCACAUUUGAUGGGAUAGAUGUUGAUGGUACGGUCACUAAGGGAGGAUAUUCUAGUUACAUUGUAGUCCAUGAGAG